ACAGCACAAUCGUUAGUCAACACUGCUUACGGUUUCCCGCAUUUUUCUCAUUAGCGUUUCCAUGACAUUGUAAAUUGUAAUAAAAAUUCCAAAAUUGAAAGUAUGCAUUACUCUAGGAACAAUUGUUCUUUCAGUUCGCCGCUUUCUCGAAACCCUGUGGUGGAACAUAGUCUCAACCUGCGCCUCCGCAAUUCUCAGUCACGAACUUAUCUCAAAUGGUUUGCUCUUAACAUAUUAAUCCUCUCAGUCCUAAUCGUUGAUUUAAGGGGGACAUGCCAGUUGCAAAGAUACUCGUAUUAUUAUUUGACAAAAUAUCUAAUCGCCAUAUUGUCGGGCACCAGCGCAGUGGCAUGCAUUGGAAAGUAUCUAUGGAUUUGGUUUGCCAGCGGCCAGAUGUUGGGCACUGAAGAGCAAAAGUCCCUGCUAGACGACAUUAAUGACAACUCCUUUAAGACCAUAAGAAGUGCUCGGCCAACGAGAAAACCCCUUUGUUAUGAUGCGGGAUUGGAUAUAAACGAUGAUACUCCCAUUAUUAAUUGGCAUUCAUCUUUUGAGGACUCCUGCUGGGGUUCACAGUCCAUGCGUCGCAGUCCUAGUCCCAUGCGUACCCCUCAACAGGGUAACUCUUCAUCCAUGAUACAGAAUAAUUCUCUGAAUGCCAGCCAAAUUAGCGACGAGUCUGCUUACAUGUCACCUUAUGCCGAAGUGCGUGGCGAAGAUUUCCUCACAGAUCCACGCCAAUUGCCCGCUCUAAUGAAGAAAGCCGAAAGGGAGCGCAGCCAUGCUGAGGAAGCUGAUGCCCUCGAUAUGCUAAGCAAUACGGGUUCGGCGAUUUCAUUUUGGAACUAUUGUAACAAUGCUGCCUAUAUGCUAAAAACUACCAUAUAUCAAUUGGCACCAGCGCCAGUGUCCUCUACAGAGAAUGCCCAAAAGUCGAUAGAAGAGUUCGGUUCGUUUCAAUUUAAGGACAGCAACUCGGAGGUCAUAAAACGUAUCUCAACGGACAAGCUGUCACAAUAUGUGGCCAACUUAAGAUAUUGGAUAUCGACCACCAUAUUGCAACGCCUGGUUUCGGAAAUUAAUUAUCUAGACGAUCUCUUCUGGCAACGUGGGAUUAGUGAUUUAAAAAUUGGUUCUGUCGGUCUUGAGCGUUUGCGUAAAACAGCAGAAAAUUUGCAAUUUGUUCAGACCUGUGCCCCAAUGUUGCCCAUGCUAUUGCCCUUCCUAGACACAUUUAAUAAUCAAGAGUAUUUGGUUCAGCGUAUUAAGGAACUAUCACAGGGAUCUUGUAUAGCAGAUUAUCGCUGGAACUCUGGCAAUUCUCACAAUGGCAAAGCUUGGGGUGAACAUUUGCCCACCGAUUCAGCUAUCCUUUUCCAUAUAUUCUGUGUGUAUUUGGAUGGACAACUGAUGCCAUUGCCCCAGGGUGGCGGUCGUCCAUUUUACUCACGCUAUGUCCUUAAAUGCGAUGAGAAGCGUUCCACCAAAGAAAUCGUUGCCGCCGUACACAAUAGAGCCCAUUGUGCCAUACUUAGUACGAGUAAUCAUCUGAAUCCCAAAUUUAAUUUCAUAAGCGACAAGGAAUUGCACAAUUGUGUCUAUGAUAGAAACAAUUUGUUCUAUGUGAUCAUACAGUUUCUGAUCUAUAUGCGACAGCACCAGGAAUCCGCAUUGGAGGGUGUAAAUCUUGGCAAAACAGGCAUUAAUAUAAUGUGUGUUAUUGAAGACUGAAUUUUUUUUACAUAUAUUUUUUUUUUUGUUGGACACGAGUAGUAAUUGAUAACACUUAGACGGCGCUAAUAUAAUUUAUUUCUUAUAUUAGUUUAUACAUUUGCUCGCGUUACGUUUGGACUCUACAGUCGUUUAAGGUGCACGGCUCUAAAGAUAAUUUUGCACAUAAAUAUUAAGAAGACUUACACGCAUCGAUUAUGUUAAUAUUAAAUUAUACAUACUGUAA